AUGCAGCCCGGCGCUGAGCAGAUCCAACAUGCGCGACUUGCGAUGACAUUCGAUACCUCCAUCCGCCCCUCUUCCACAUCCCUACCCUCCGACUCCAGUUCUUCCUCACAUUUCACCGGCCACCCGGGCUGGCGGCAAGACCGAAUAGAUUCUACGGCUGGACGCUCGCCCAAUUCAAUCGUUAUAAACAUCAAUGAUGGCGGAUCAACAGGCCGUGGUAUCCUUAUCGGGGUAUUAUCCGCAUUCGGUUCCGCAGGCAUUGCGGUUCUGGUCCUGGCCGUUUUCUUCUUCUUCAGAUAUACCUCCCGAGGGCGAAUUCUUCUGGACCGGAUAGGCCGGCCAGGCGAGUUCGAUGAUGAGCAGGCUUUUGCGCAGGAAGAGGCGGAAGCCCUGGAGACAAUGGAUGAGUUACAACGAGUGGAAUAUCUGAGGGCAAAGGCUUUUAUCCAGGCGAACCCGCCCGAAUCCGUCCAAACCGAUAUAUCGCUCUCGCAGUUUCUGGCAAUCCAGGAGAAGGGCGUUUCGGCCUGGGAGUUCGAACCGGAGCUAGAGAUUGCCAACUGCUUCGUCGAAGCUAGGACGGAGAUCGAGUUCUUCGAUUCCGAGUGUAGUGUUCAAAGCAACCUACCAGUCCCGAAACAGAAUGAGGUCUACUACUGGGAGGCGAAGAUUUACGACAAGCCGGAAUCAAGUUUGAUCAGUGUCGGGAUGACCACUAAACCAUAUCCUUUAUUCCGAUUACCUGGUUUUCACAAAACCUCGGUCGCAUAUAUCUCGACCGGUCACCGACGGUACAAUCAACCCUUCGCUGCAACUCCCUACGGCCCUCCAUAUGUGCAGGGGGAUGUGAUCGGUGUGGGUUAUCGGCCCCGGACUGGGAGUAUUUUCUUCACACGCAACGGCAAGAAACUGGACGAGGUUGCGCACAAUCUGAAAAAUCAAAACUUCUUCCCGACCGUGGGUGCCAACGGUCCCUGUACCGUGCAUGUCAACUUUGGGCAGAUGGGCUUCGUUUUUAUCGAGGCCAACGUCAAGAAAUGGGGGCUCGCACCAAUGACCGGCAGUCUUGCUCCUCCUCCGCCGUAUGGCAGCGAGCAAGGCAGCAUCUUGCUUGAGACAGGCAGGGAGGGUACUCGACAACCAGAGUAUCAGCCCGGCCACUCAAGGACACGAAGCGGCCUUGCGAGGAUUGGAUUGAGUCCUGGACCAAUUCGAUCACCCACAGACAUAUCACUGUCUCAACUUGCGCAUGUCUCCACGCAAGAUCUUCCCAGUCAGGGAAAUAUGUUGUUGGAUUUUGGUGAUAUCCAAAAUCAACCCGUCGAGAAUACGCCCAAUGGGCAGGUCAUCAUUCCACCUCCGGAGUACAGUAGUCCUCCUCGGAGUCGGAGAGGCAGCGAAGCAAGAGAUGAUGAUGGCAGGAGAGAUCCACCAGACGAUCGAACGGGUCAACCACCCAUUCCAACUUAUGAUGCUGCUGUAGGCGAAGCGGCGGGACCGAGUCACACAUGA